CGCCUUAACGAUGCAGAUCCGGUCCACCGUGAAGCGGGCGCUGCGCUACUGGAGAUCUUUGCUCAACUUUAAUUCCGCGGUUUUCAGUGCGUCCGGUGACCUCAUUUCCGGCGCGGCGCCGCAAACCGAGUUCAAAUACGGUGACAUUGCGGUGUUGCGAGAGCUCCCGGAACCCAGGCGGUCGAAUCGCCGGACGAACGCGGAGAACAACGAUUUGCAGCAGCUCUACGAUAUCCCAGAGAAAAAAGCUGGCAGGGCAUAUUUGUAAUGCAAAAAUAAAUACGCAGAAAGAUUUGCCAUGGGCGGCCCCAUAGCAUGCUGCUUCGGAUAUGCAAUGCAGAUUUUUUUGUGUAUUUAUCUUUGCAUCUACAAAUAUGCCCGGCCAGCUUUUUUCUGUGUGAUGUACGAGUCUUUCAAAACGAAGCUGGUCAUCCUCGGGAAGCCGAAAUCGACACAGGCCGGAAUGAACCACCGGGCGGACAAGUUGAUUGCAGAAGAUUCGACGACAGAGAAUCGAAAUAUGUGGCAGGACAAAAUGAACGAAGAACAGCAGCUGGAGGAGAAGCUUCUGUACAGGAAGGACAACGGAAAGAUUUGGGUCCGCGCUUUCGACAACGAGCAGAACGUAAUCGACGUAAAACCGCAAAACAUCGUGUUGAAAUCCGGUUAUUACCCGAAACACGUGGUCAGUAAAAGAACAAGAGAGUUGGCGAAAACUCAACUCUCCUUCGGCGAGCACGAGCAGGUGCCGCACGUGACCCGCGAAGCGUAUGAGGAACAGGCCUUGGAGGUGAAGACUAGGGUCAAGGUUCUGAACGUGGAAAGAUUUGGGCUGGAGAAAAAGAACAAAGGCGGUGGCUUGGCAGGUGCGUACAAUGGCGGUUUCGUGCCUGAUAAAGAGAUAUCAAAUGUAAAAAGAAGAGUGCGCGAUUUGUCAUGCAGCUUUUGCAUGACCCAUGAGGUCUGGAAUGCAGGACCUAGCAUGACAGAUUCUGUGCGACCUCUCACUCUCUCAUGCUUAUCCUGCAUGAGAAAGUCCCGCCCGAUUUGGUCAAAACUGCACGACUUUUGGUACUCAUGCAACACAGAUUUUUGCAUGCUUCAGAUUUAGCAUGACAAGCUGCAUUCUUCCAGACCCAGACACUUUUACAUUUGAUAAGAGACAACCGGGGAUAUGAUGGGCGUGAUCGAAGCGAACGAUGUUAUCCUGUGCAAAAGUAUCGUACUCGUAUUGCAAUCAUGCAUUACAAAUUUUUUUCUCAAGGCAAAUCCGCAUUACACAUUUUAUUUCUCAUGCUGAGGGAAUUUGUAAUGCAUUUAUACGAGUGCGAUACUUUUGCAGUUCAUAGAUGUGGAAGACCCGCGGAACGAGAAGCGGAAAAUUAUGUACCGCAUUAAACUCGACGGGGGUGAUUUCCGAAUCACAAAAGCCGUCCGUGACGAGGACAUUCGAGUGACACAGAAGCGAGCCGCAGCUGCGGCCGCAGGUCAGCGGGCGACCAGCCCCAGCAGCCCCAUGGGAGCGCGUGGCGGUGCCAACGCCGCGCAUUUGAGGUACGCGUUUGUCGUCGGCCGGGUGCGGGGCACCGGGAAAUAUGGCGCUCUCAACUGUUACAUUCUCAACUGUUACAUGAUUUGUCAUGCAAAAUUGCCUUGACUAUCAACGCCAUCAAGCUGCUUUGCAUGACAAAUGCUCAGACGGCCAAACAGGCUGGGAAUCUGUGCCAAAUCUGUCAUGCAAGACGCGCAAGGCCCUUCCUUUCACUUUUGCCAUUCUUGCAUUACAAAUCGUGUAACAGAUGAGAAUGUAACAUUUGAGAACGCCAUACGAAAGAAGAGCUGGAUGGAAAAUUGGUGAUUUUAAAAUCCAUCUCCCGGACGAAAUGGGACAAGUUCAAAUUUGUUGUGGAGGAGGAGACUGGAAAUAACUUCAACCAGGUGCAUAUGCAAGAAAAAAACUGUGUAAAUGUACCUUUGUAGGCAGAGCAGCAUCGCAAAUUUGUUUUGCGUUACAGGGAAAACCUGCCAUGCGCAGCUAGUACGUGAAAACACGGAUGAUGAUAGCCUACGACGCACAUCCAGCAUGACAAGUGUAACAAUUUUGCAUUUUCUGCAUUACAGACUUACACUCACAUAGUUUUUUUCUUGCAUAGUGCAGGUGAAAUUGGUCGUCCCGGCGGACGGACCCUAUCAGGACACGCACUUCUCUGUCCACCCGGAGAACCUCGAAUUCCCAGCAGCGUGGCGACAAGUCGACGCGAGCAAAGUGAGGAAGAUGAAGAAGGAAAAGAGCGAAGGAACAGCCAAAGAGCCCCCCCAAAUGUUGUACCGGAUCAUGCCACCGCAAUCCAACAAGAAUACUAAUCCCAGUUUCGUUUUCAUCCCGGAUGUUCUCCCGGAAAUGGAGUAUAAUAUGAGUUGCAACGAGCACAGCGUCUUUAAAGUCGCCGACGGCAGCUGUGUGGGGAAUGGGCAGCAGGUGAAAAAGACGCUAGAGGAGCCCUAUGCAUCGCAAAUACGUCUGGGUCUGGAACAAUGCGAGAUUUAAUAUCAUGCUAGUCUUGCAUGACUGAAGAGUUUGUGAUGCGUGUCCAAGAAGAGACCCUUUCUCUUGUCAUGCAAAAACGCAGUUUGUGACUCGGGACGCGCAACACUAAUCCACGCAAAUAUUUCUCAUGCUUGGCUGUGCAUUGCAGGGCAUCCUUUCCUCAUCCUCACGUAUCCUGUGCAAAAGUAUCGUACUCGUAUUGCAGUCAUGCAUUACAAAUCUUUUUGUUAAGUCAAAUCCGCAUUACAAAUUUUAUUUCUCAUGCUGAGGAAAUUUGUGAUGCAUUUAUAUAUACGAGUACGAUACUUUUGCAGUGCAUAUCACGACUAGACAUUACAAGUUUCCAGACGCAGACAUAUUUGCAUUCGAUAAGCCCUCGAGAUGGACAACAUUCCCGGAAUUCAAUCCGGGCCACUACGUCCGACUGCGAAAAAGCUUCUACCACGAGCUACCAUCUGUAAAAAUGUCUGGGUCUGGAAGAAUGCAACUUGUGAUGCUGCAUUUGGAUUCCAAAAACAUUUGCAUUGCAGAAGUAGCAAAGGGAGUGCUCCUUUUGCUACGCGGAGAGGGAAUUUGUAAUGCGGAAUAGGCAUCAAGAAGCUCUCAAAAAAUCUGUGAUGCUAGGGCAUGCAUCACAGACGUCAGGGCUCAUGCAACACGUGCAUGACAAGUGUCAGAAUCUUCCAGACCCAGACAUAUUUGCAAUCCAUACGAGCAGAGGACAGACGAUCCGAACAUGCGGUACGCAGUGGGUCAGUUGUUGAAGAUUCACUCCGUCGAGAGGCCAAAUUUGUCGGCGAAUCGGUUCGACGAGUCGCCGCUGCUCAAGUACAGGUUGGAACGCGUGGCGGAGCCGUACAAUCCGAGCGGUAACCCGGUAAACGUGCUGGAUCAGCGGAACGUUCCCGGUCCGACGACCAUCGCGAGGAAGAGUUCCGACUUCAUAUCCGGUGCAGAAGUAUCGUACUCGUAUUGCAAUCAUGCAUUAUAGAUCUUUUUCUUAACCUUAAUCAGCAUUACAAAGUUUAUUUGUCAUGCUGAGGAAAUUUGUGAUGCAUUUUUUAUACGAGUGCGAUACUUUUGCAGUUCAUACUUCAUUCUCGUGGACAAAACGUUAGACUACCCACAGACCAAGUUCGCUCCCGGCGAUAUUGUGGUACUGUGAGGAAAAAUCCCCCCUCCCCAUAUUGAAAAGGUAUGUUCCUAAAAAUUUGUGAUGCUGAUUUGUGACCACAAAUCCUGUCUCUCUUGCAAGACGGCAAAUCCAAAGAAUCCGCCGCCUUAUGGAGGCGGUUUGUGAUGCUGUUUCACCAACAUGGCAGGCCUCUGCUUUGCUAAGCGCCUACAACAAAACACCCCAUACGCAGGCUAGAGCUUUGCCUGUAGUGCCUCACAGCAAGACAGGGCUGAUGUGUGUACACAAAUCCAGCAACAGAAGUUUCCCGUUCAAUAUGGGGAGGGGGGAUUUUUCACUUUGAUAUGUGGUGUUGGAAAACUUAACCCGGGAGAACAGCAAGUAUUGCAUAUGAGAGUGCACAGCUCACCCUCCCCUUCAUUUGUCAUGCAAAACCCCAAAUCCAAGUGCUUCCCUGUGGCACUGUUUGCAUGACAGAUUCCGGAAACCCAAACAGUACUACUUACACUAGGCGCAUCAACUUGUCAUGUACAAGCUCCUCUUGUGCUGGUGUUUGUAUUGCUGGGCAUGCAAUACAACAAAUAAGGGGGAGGGGGAGUUGUGCACUCUCAUACUGCAACGGGCAGUUGGCGAAAGUGAUCAAGUACGAGCACGACCCGUUUGUUCAGGAGGAAAACAGCUGGGGACCGAUAUCAACUGCAAAUAUGUCUGGGUCUGGAAGAAUGCAAGUUUGUCAUGCUAAAUCUGAAUCAUGCAAAAAUCUGUGUUGCAUGAUUACCACAAGUCGUCCAGUCUUGACCAAGUCGGGAGGGAGUUUCUCAUGCAGGAUAGGCACGAUAGAGAUCGCACAGAAUCUGUCAUGCUAGGUUCUGCAUUCCAGACCUCGUGGGUCAUGGAAAAGCUGCAUGACAAGCUUGCAUCCUUCCAGACCCAGACACUUUUGCAUUUGAUAACUGCGGUAUUUGGUCGAAAUGCUCAAGGCCUGCAACGGAUGCGAGACCAAGCAGAGCGAAGAUGGAGAUGAUAGUGCAACUGCUAGUGGGCCGCGCAGGAUCAGGAACCGGCUCUGGUCAGCCACGGCGAGCGCAGCCGGGAAGGUGGUGAAUCGAGUCAUGAACGUUUAUUCGGCUCUCCGGUAUGGAAGCAAGCGGCGGCAUUACGUGCCGACGGAGAACCUCCGCCUGUACGUCCCGGAGGACGCGAGGCUGGGCAGCAAGGAGUUGACAGCCCACCAGGAGGAGUCGUUCGCUAUCAAAAGGAAAAAUCCCCCCUCCCCAUAUCAAAACGAAAUUUCUGAUGCUGGAUUUGAGUACACAAAUCGACUUGUAAUGCUCGAAGGCCAAGAGCCGCAGUUGUGGCCUCGUUUGCAGGCAAUUUGUCAUGCUGUUUCCCACUUCGAGUUGCUUCCUGUCAUGCUAAAGAUGCAAGGCUUCCCCACGCCACCCAGCACUACAGUCCGCAUCUUUUCCCUUCUAGCAUGGCAAAGCUGAUUUGUGGCCACAAAUCUGCAUCACAAGUUUCUAGUUUGAGUAAGGGGCGGGGGAAUUUUUCACUUUGAUAUUCGCGGCGCAGUCCUUCCACAACGCGUGCAGGGACUUGCUGUUGACGUUGGAAGAUGGGAAUCUCUGGAAGCAGAUGGCGCAGGUGCAGGACCGGAUUGACCCGGUUUUGAUGAUCGACCGAUUCGCUUUUCGGAUCAUGAAGGAAGUGAAUUGGCGAUUCACCACGAUGAUCCCCCUGGAGUUGAGAAACUCGUUGCAAAAAGCGCUGGAGCAAGUGGUGAAGCGCGCAUCGAUCUACGCCACUGAGUCCUUCCGUGCUCUGCCGAGCACGGUGGUGGCAGCUAGCUCUGGGGAGCAGAAGUCGGGCACGGAAGAUGCGGACGCGGAGGUGCAGUUGCAGUUGGAAGUGCACUUGGAAGUGGCUGCGGAAUUGAAUUUAGAUGUCGAGCAGGACAUGCGGCUGUAUUGCAAGGAAAAAUCCCCCCUCCCUAUACUGAAAACAUGUCCUUCCGAAAAUUUGUGAUGCAGAUUUGUGGCCACGAAUUCUGUCUGUCUUGACAGAAGGCAACUCCAGAGAGUCGGCCCCGAUAUGCAGGCGGUUUGUAAUGCUGCAAGGCCUACAGGGCAGACGUCUGCCAUGCUAGGCCCCUACACCAAAAGGCCCCCCCUUAGGCUUGCCAUUUGCGUGCAGUGCUUUCCUGCAAGACAAAUGUGAUUUGCGUACACACAUCCCGCAUCACAGAUUUCCGUUUUGAUAUGGGAAGGGGGGACUUUUCAUUUUGAUAGGCUGGUAACGGAAACCGCGCCGGAGGACAUGGAAAAAGAUCUCGGGUUCGGCCUGCCGGAACUGAAUAAGCGGGAAAGAGAAUAUGUGGAGAAGGUAGAAAAGAGUAUUGUGUAAAUUAUGCAUUGCAAAUAUGUCUGGGUCUGGAAGAAGACAAACUUGUGAUGCGCAUUUCAGAACACAGAAAAAUCUCUCAUGCAUAGGUAGCAAAAGCUGCUCACUUUCUGUCACCAAAGUGGCAGAUUUGUCAUGCGGAUUCGGCAUUGCGGAAGCUUCUCGAGACCUGUGAUGCUAGAGCUUCCAUUCCAGGCCUUGUGUGUCAUGCAAAAACAGCAAGACUCUUCCAGAUCCAGACCCAGACACUGACACUUUUACAUUUGAUAUAAAUCGAUAUUAACGGAUUCUCUUGUUUGAAGAGCAGUUUGAGCAAAUACACCGUUUCAAGAUCAAGAGAGCGCAGCAGUACAACUGGCAUGAUGACAAAAAAUUAGGUACAAUGCAGCUUCGCGAAUAAGUUAGUAAAUUAUUCGCAUGCAGCAGAGAAGUAGAGAAUUGUAUUCUAUCUCCAACAACAUCUCCAACGCCACAAAAUUGUCAACUACAGGUCUCCCAAUGCACCACCCUCCUCGCGAACGAAUCGCUCACCGCCCCGAAGGGCCCGGGCCAGAUCGCUGGGGUCGAAUGUGUUCCGAGAGACAAUAACGCCUCGGAAGCGAGCCGCAGGCGAAACGAAACGCCAAUGCAAAAGCCGAUGAGUCAGACGUUUGGUUUAUCCUGAGCGAAAACGUCCCCACCCCAGAGUUGUCAUGCAGAUUUGCAAUGACAGGAACAUUUGUAAUGCGCAUCUACAUGAGAGGCAUUUCCAAUCGUGUUUUGGCAUUUGUAAUGCUGCAAACAGGAUGAGGAGAUGGGUUUGUGAUGCGACUGUCCUUGCUAACCUGCACUACACUACAAAGACGAACUUGUCAUGCGUGGCUCCCAAAACUUCUGGAUUUGUGUUGCUAAGUUCCCAACUUGACUAUGGGGUGGGGACGUUUUUACACAGGAUAUGGCUCCGACACUUUUGUCCCGUGGUGGGGCGCCAUGGACCAGCAGACGCAUGACUCGACGAAAAUGUUGACGUUAUGCAUUGCAACUGUGUUGUCUGGGUCUGGAACACUGGAACUUGUCAUGGUAAAUCUGAACCAUGCAAAAAAUCUGUGUUGCAUGAUUGCCAAAAGCUAUCCAGCACUUUUGACCAGAUUGAUGAGAGGGAUUUCUCAUGCAGGAGAGGCAUGAUAAGGAGCAUCUUGUCAUGGGCUAUUGAGAGCCUGCAUUCCAGACCUCAUUGGCUAUAGAAAACCCGCAUGACAAGUGGUCCUGUAAUCAUCCGGACCCAGAUGAACAAAUAUUUGCAUUUGAUAGACGUUAAUGGGAGACAAAUAUCUGAAUGUCACGUUCGAUCCUCCCGGUGCCAAUGGCGACCCAAAGAAGCGGCAGUUUGUGAUAUCCCGUGUAAAAACGUCCCCACACCCCAGAGUUGCCAUGCAAUUCUGCAUGCCAAAAAGCUUUCUCAUACGGAGCCCCAUGAGAAGCAUUCUCUAGUCGUGUUUUGGGAUUUGUGAUGCUAGGAUCAGCAUGCUAUGCUAGGUCUGUGCAAAGCUAUGCAUCUGAGCUAGCUAAACAGGACCACACUACGAGGGCAAACUUGUCAUGCCAAACAACCAAAGCUGUGUGAUUUGUCUAGCAGGUUUCCCAUCUUGACUCUGGUGUGGGGACGUUUUUGCUCAGGAUAUGUGAGGAAAGCGAGUCACCUGCAGUACGUCACGCCCUCGGAUAUCGGGCGAGCGUUCCGCCUCUACAGCAGAGACUUCCACCCGGAUAAGCUCGGGGCCAAGUUGGAAAGAGGGGAGAUUACGCAAGCCCAGUUCGAAGCGGAUAAAGAAAAGUAUGCCCAGGUGAAGCGGGACAAGGAGGAACUCUUUCCGGAUCCCAAAGACGCGGAAAAAAUGAAAACCGCGGGGUUAUUCCAACCCGGAUCGAGUGGUAGCGGCUCGGGAGGGGGAGGCGAUCCUGGUGGCAACAACAGUGGCAACGCGGAGAACGCCGAGCUCUCCAAGUCGGUCACGUACCGUGCCUCCCAGUACUAUGAAAUGCAAAACAAGCAGCGUACUAGUAUAAAUCGCAUGACAAAUUUGCUUAGCAUGAGAAAGAAAAUUUGUAAUGCGGAUUUACCUUAUGAAAAAGAUUUGUCAUGCGUGACUGCGAUUACUACGAGUGCGAUACUUUUGCACAGGAUAAGUACCUCCAGUCCGCCAAUUUGUUCACCUCCGGGGCCGGCGCGCUGCGGAAAGUGCAGGAGCUGCUCUACGCGUUCAAGCCGACGGGAAAGGGCAACUGGAAGCAAGCGGGCUGGCACAGCGUUAUGCAUUGCAAAUAUGUCUGGGUCUGGAAGGUUGCGAGAUUUGACAUGCUAGCCUGGCAUGACUCUGAGCUCUGUAUUGCGUGGCCACAAAGACGAGCUCCUCUUGCCUGUCAUGCAAAAACGCAGUUUCUCAUGCGGAGUACGCAACUCAGAAUGGAAAAACCUGUCAUGCUUGGAAGCGCAUUACGCUGCCCUGCGCUCCCUAUAAUUCCCUCCCUUGCAUCACAAGUUCCUAGACCCAGACAUGUUUGCACUGGAUAAGUGUGUUCAAGCAGCCCAUCUUUUUCUCACAGAACGCGGCGCAUCCGUGGAAACGAUCGACGGCCGGUUAUGAUAGUGCAGAACUCCCCCUCCCCCUCAUUUGUGAUGCAAAAUCCCAAAUCCAAGCGCCACCCUGUGGCACUGUUUGCAUGACAAAUUCCGGAAGCCCAAACAGUACUUCACUAUGCGCGUGAACUUGUCAUGCGCAGGCCCUACGUGUGCUGGUGGUUGUAAUGCUGUUCAUGCCAUACAAAUGAGGGGGAGGGGGAGUUGUGCACUGUCAUAGCGGGGAUGGCAGUGCCAGUGAGCACCCGGAGCGGUUUUUGGGCCCGUUUGAGCAGCCUUUGAAUAAAGCCGUCGUGGUCCGAGAAAUGGUGCUGAAGCCGAUGGUCUUUGACCUCGCGUUGGAAAUCGACCUGGACUUGCAUCUAUAAAUUGCAAAAAUGUCUGGGUCUGGAAGAUUGCGAGGUUUGUCAUGCUGAUCUGGCAUGGCCCUUAAAUCUGUAUUGCGUGGCCACAAACAGCCUCUCUCGCCUGUCAUGCAAAAACGCAGUUUCUCAUGCGGAAUACGCAGCACAGAAGCACGAAGCAACUUGUCAUGCUUGGCGGCGCAUUACAGUGCAUUUGUUAUUGACUGACUUGCAUCACAAGUUUCCAGACCCAGACAUUUUUGCAUUUCAUAGCAUCUGCCGAAAUCCGUGAAGCACGGCGCGAACGGCCAAAAGGAGAAGGUUGAGGAGGAGGACCGCCGACUGCAGGUGAAACAAUUUUACCAGGACUUCAAGGCGAAUCUGCUCUACCAGUACCAAAGCGGGGAGUCCAGCAGCGGGCAUCCGCUGAAAAAACACCUCGAAGAAGCCUUCAAAACUGAGAUCCUGUUCUGGCAGAAAACGUCGCGGAAGCUGGAGAAAACGAAGGGAAAGCCGCACGGCAUCGGCAUCUUCAGCAGCUUCACCGGCGGCGGCGCGAGAUAUGGACGCGGCAGUGCGGGUUCCAGCACCGCGUCAGACUCUGAUGAUUCGGAGGCCGACCAGUACAUGGAUUUGAUGGAGGCCCAGAACGUGGUCGGCACGGACCUGGGCUCGAUGUAUGUCGAAUCUUCAUAUGGCCCACACGCAACUGGGCCCGGCGGUGACCAGCUUGCCGUUUUUGAAAGCAAGGAGAAAGAGGAGGGCGACGAGGACGGCCUGGAUGAAGAUGAAGACAAGAGGUGGCGCGGUCUGUUAUCGGAUAACAGUCUAAAAGUCUUAUCAAAUGUAAAAAUGUCUGGGUCUGGAAGAAUGCAACUUGUGAUGCUGAAUCUGAAGCAUGAAAAAUUUGUGUUGCAUGAUUACCAAAAGAUGUCCACUUUUGAUUAGUUUCACAGGGAGUUUCUCAUGCAGGAUAGGCAUGAUAGACACCUCACAGCGUUUGUCAUGCUAGGUGCUGCAUUCCAGGCCUCAUGGGUCAUGGAAAAACUGCAUCACAAAUCUUGCAUUCUUCCAGACCCAGACAUUUUUACAUUUGAUAAGUCUCCUUGACCGACCUGAAAUGGGAGGAGUCCCCGGACCGGCGCGACUACGAGGAAACCCUGGAUCAAGGUCUGACCGCGUUGAAAAAAGGCUCAGAUAUGAGAGUGCACAACUCCCCCUCCCCCUCAUUUGUCAUGCAAAAUACCAAAUCCACCCUAUGCCUCUUGGCACCGUUGGCAUGACAAGUUCUGGUGGCCAAAAUAGCACUAUGUAUAAUCUAGUGGAAAUUUGUCAUGCAAAACCGGCAGUCUUGCUGAUGCUUGUACUGCCGUUCAUGCUAUACAAAUGAGGGGGAGGGGGAUUUGUGCACUGUUAUAUCAGAGAAAGCGGACCCGGAAAGAGAUUUCAAGUCGAACUCCGAGGUGUUCAGCUUUAUGAAUUGCAAAUAUGUCUGGGUCUGGAAGGUGGUAACUUGUCAUGGUAAAUCUGAAGCAUACAAGAAUCUGUGUUGCAUGAGUGCCGAAAGCUAUCCACUUUCGACCAAGUUGGGAGGGACUUUCUCAUGCAGGAUAGGCAUGGCAGAGACCUCGCAGAGUCUCUCAUGCUAAGUCCCGCAUUCCAGACCUCAUGGAUCAUGGAACCUCUGCAUGACAAGUUUACACUCUUCCAGACCCAGACAUAUUUGCAUUUGAUAAGCUUCGUCUACGAGCAGUUCCGGCAAAUGUGGGGUAUCAAAGGGACAAGCCCAACCGGGACGGUGUCUGACGGGCAGUUGGGGUUGAACGCAAAGUCCGAGCUGAGAAACACAGAACUGCUGAAGAUCGAAAGUAAAAGGAAAGAACCUGAAAUAUCAAAAAGAAAAAUCCCCCCUCCCCAUAUUGUUGAAAACGUAUCUUCUGAAAAUUUGUGAUGCAGAUUUGUGGCCACAAAUCUUGUCUGUCUUGCGAGAAGGCAAAUCCAGGCUCUCUGCCACGCUAUGCUGGCGAUUUGUGAUGUUGUAAGGACUACAGGACAGCCGUCUACCAUGCGAGGCGCUUACACCAAAAGGCCCCUAUCUAGGCUGGCAAUCUGCGCGCAGUCCUCUACUGCAAGACAAAUCUGAUUUGUGUAUGCACACCCAGCAUCACAGAUUUCCUUUUCGAUAUGGGGAGGGGGGUUUUUUCCUUUUGAUAUGAAAAUCUUUCCGCGAGCAGUGGAGCGAAAUCUAGUUCCGUCUUUGCGGGUCUGUCCGGGAGCUUGUUCGGCAGCUCUACUGCAGUCCCUGAUAAAGCGGCGCAACAAGCUGAUACUCAUGCCCCAUCUUCUGCCGCCCCGAGUCAUCUUCCGACAUCAAUCGCGAAAGGUCCGUCGCAAAUGGAUGAUGAUGAACGAGAGAAACUUGACCAAAUGAAGCAGGAGAGGGACUACAGAGUUCUCUGGCUGCAGUUCUCUGUGCAGAUUUCGGAGCACGAAUUGUCGCAAUUGCAUAAAGCGGAGGACACAGAGUCCGAGCUGAUGUUCCGGUUCGCAACUAAGAUGCGGAAACUGCUCGGGUUCGGAGACGACCUGGGAAUGUCCUUGGGGGCGGAAGCAGUGCCGGACCACCAUUUGAAUCUCGGAGUGAAGCGGGAGAAGUCGUUCAUUCAGGAAGAGUACGAAGAACAUGUGGAGUCCGUUGCGUAUCAAAAAGCAAAACCGUGGGGACUUUUCACGAAUGAUAACGACGGAACGGAUCAGAUGCUCCGGAAUUCCGAUCGCGAAGGCUCCUUCCAUAACACCCACUAUCAAUUGUAAAAAUGUCUGGGUUUGGAAGAUUGCCAGGUUUGUAAUGCACAUUUUCUUUGCAUGCCUCCUAAUGUCUGUGAUGCAGGCCCUAGCAUCACAGAUUUUGUGAGGGCUUCCUGAUGCCUAUACCGCAUGAUAAAUGCUCUUUCCGUGUAGCAAAACUUGGACUCUUUUUGCUGCUCAUGCAAUACAGAUUUUUUUGCGAAUCCAAAAUCAGCAUGACAAGUUGGAUUCUUCCAGACCCAGACAUUUUUACAGUUGAUACCCACUGGUACUCCCGGAAAAUCCACCAAAACAAAAUUUUCGACUCCGUUUACCGACUUAUCCUGAGUAAAAACGUCCCCACACGACCAUGGUUCUUGUAAUGCAAAUCUGCAUGAUGAAAAUGUUUCCCAUGCAAAUCCCCAUGAGAAGCGUUCUUUUCUAGUCGUGUUUUGGGAUUUGUGUUUGUCAUGCUCCAAUCAGCAUGAUAUACUAGAUCUGUGAUGCUGCUGAACUACCUGAAACAGCACUGCACUACGACGACAAACCUGUCAUGCGAAACAGCCGAAGGUGGUUGAUUUGUGUAGCAGAUUUCGCAUCUUGACUAUGGGGUCGUGGGGACAUUUUUACUCAUGAUACGACUUGCGCCUGGAGGUGACGAGGACAAGCAACGAGCUUUGAACGAUCUCGGGAAAAAAGGCCCGGUGUCGUGGCAGUUACCGGACUACGCCCGGCACCAUAUCCUGAGUAAAAACGUCCCCACACCAGAGUUGUAAUGCAGAUUUGCAAAGACAGGAAGACUUGUAACGCGCAUCCCCAUGAGAGCCAUUUGUUUCCAAUCGUGUAUUGGAAUUUGUGAUGCUGUGAACAGGAUGAGCAGAUGAAUCUGUGACGCGGCUGCACUUGCUAACCUGCACUACACUGCGGAGUGCAACUUGUCAUGCGUGACUCCCAAAACUCCUAGGUUUGUGUUGCAAAAUCCCCAUCCUGAUUCUGGUGCGGGGACGUUUUUACUCAGGAUACACCAUUUUGCAGAAUCUGUCAGAACUGCUUUCAAAAAACAUGUUCAAUCGCCCUGGAAACCGGAUUCCAUUGUCGAUAUCCACGCAGAUUUCCCGAGUCACUGGUACGUGAAGACUAGUCUGUUCGGCAGUAGUGGAGCCGCACCUGUGACAGGGACGAGUGUUGACAAGCCUUCCAGCGGUAGUGGUUCUACUUCCGAUCAAAAACCUGCGGGUGGCCCCCCAGGAGGAUCCUCCUCGGCUGCGGAUUCCAUUGAACCGGACGAGGAUGACAUUGACAAGCUACUAUUAAAUCUAGACAAAGAUGACACCGAGGCUGUUGGCUACUGGCGGACCAUGCUCAAACAGAAGGCCGAAGAACUCAUGCGGGAAAUGAACAAACAGGCCCAGAAGGAAGCCGAGCAAAAAGCAAGGGAGGCAGAGGAAAAUGGGGAGGAGGAAAGUCCCCAUCAAACAGGAGCGGCUAGUGGUAGCCCCGCGAGCGGCUCUCCAAGAAGCGUCGGGCAGCCGAUGCGCGGCUAUGCAUUGCAAAUAUGUCUGGGUCUGCAAGUAGCCUGCAAUUUGUCGUGCUGAGGCUGGAUCGCAUAAAAAUCAAUCUGUGUUGCGUGCUUACCAAAAGGUGUCCACAUUUAUUAACCAAGUUGUAGCGACGCAGUUUCUCAUGCAGGAUAGGCAUGAUAGAGAUCUCACAGAAUGAUCUGUCAUGCUAGAAGAUCCUGUUAAAUUGAAGAUCUCAUGGAUCAUCGAAAAUGAUCUGCACGACAAACUCUUGCAUUCGUCCAGACCCAGACACAGUUGCAUUUGAUAGCCGCGGUAGUGUUGUUGAAGCGGACUACACAGUGGUCCUCCAGCCGGAGGACACUGCUGAGAGGCAACAUUGGACCAAUUUGGCGAAGAAGUGCGCGCUGCUGUGGAAGAAGAUGAAUAGGCUGUUCAAGAAGCACCAGGAGAAAACCCUGCCGCUGAUUUCCCGCCGAAUCGGGAUUCACGGAAACGCGGACUUCCUGCGCAUCCCCCACUUCCUGGCGUUAUCGAAGAAAAAAACUGUGUAAUUGCAAAUUUGUGUUGCAGAACAUGCAACAGAGUUACACCUGUCAUGCCAGACAGCCAUGAAGUCCUCUUUUCAUGUGUGUUUUCCCUUACGAGCCACGCGUGACAGGUUUUCUCUGUCGUGUAGAGCAAAUUUGUAAUUCUGUUCCUCCAAAAAAGUUACACUAACACAGUUUUUUUCUUGCAUAGGCGCCGUUGAUUAUGCAGUGGGAUGACAUGACAAACGGGCUGACGGAUAGAGAGAAAGGAAUGUUCCGUAAGGUGUUGCAGACGGAGAGACCGUACCAAAUGUAAAAAUGUCUGGGUCUGGAAGAAUGCAAGGCUUGUCAUGCUUGUCUGGCAUGACCCAUGAUGCUUGUAAUGCAUGAACCAGCAUCACAGAUUUUUGGAAGGCUUGCUGAUGCCAUUUCCGCAUGACAAAUGCCCUCCUCGCGUAGCACAAGCGUGGCUCCUCUUGCUGGUCAUGCAAUACAAAUUUUUUUAGGGUCCAAAGUUAGCAUCACAAGUUCCAACUUUCCAGACCCAGACACUUUUACAUUUGAUAGACUGUUGCAGGGAGUCCCGGCCAAAACGAUCCUGGAAACCUAUCCUGAGUAAAAACGUACCCACACCAGAGUCAGGAUGGGCAUUUUGCAACACAAACCUAGGAGUUUUGUGAGUCACGCAUGACAAGUUGCACUCUGCAGUGUAGUGCAUGCUAGCAAGUGCAGUUGCAUCACAGAUUCGUCUGCUCAUCCUGUUCACAGCAUCACAAAUUCCAAAUCACGAUUGGAAAUGGCUCUCAUGCGGAUGCGCAUUACAAGUCUUCCUGUCUUUGCAAAUCUGCAUAUACAACUCUGGUAUGGGGACGUUUUUACUCAGGAUAAGACCUUGUACGAAAUCAACCCGGACCUGCACACAAAAAAUCUGAACCGGGCUCUUCUGGGCAAAAAAUACAAGGAUGGUAUCCCGGUGAUCGCCACAGAUUUUCUCCCGCAGAAAGUCACGGACAUCUGGAACAAUUGGCAGCGGGUGCGGCAGUUAGAGAUUAUGAACGUGCACAACUCCCCCUCCCCCUCAUUUGUCAUGCAAAAUUCCAAAUCCACCCUUUGCCUGUUAGCGCUGUUUGCAUGACAGAUUCGGGAAUCCAAAACAGCACUACAGUCUCCUCGGAAUUUGUCAUGCAAAAGCUGCAUCUUUGCCAGCGCUUGUGUUGCUGUUCAUGCAACGCAAAUGAGGGGGAGGGGGAGUUGUGCACUCUCAUAGAGAUGAAAGAGAAACUAAUUUUCGUCACCGACAUCGAGGCGGCACGAUUCACGGCGCAGCUAGUCUCCACCUCGAACAGCGGUGUUGUUGAGCAGUGCCACUCCGGGGAACAGGCGUUUAAGCUUCCGAAAAGGAAGAAGGAGAUGCUGUUUCGGGAAUAUUUAUCAAGUGAAAAUAUGUAGUCUGCUGGGUCUGGAAGAAUGCAACUUUAUCAUGCUUGUCCCAGCACAUAACUCUUGAAUCUGUAAAAAUGCAUCCGCAGGGACCACACAACCUUGCCUCCUGUCGGUCAUGCAAAAAUGCAGUUUGCCAUGCCAUGCGGAAAGCGAAACAAGUGGGAGCGGAGAGAAAUAAGAUUGUCAUGCUGCAUAUGUCAGAAGUGCGUUUGCCAUUCAGGAACUACUAGCAGCACAAGUUUCAUUAUCCAGGAGUGACCCAGACUGAUAUUUGCCAUGCAUAGUACUUCAUCACCGACAAUUUAGGGUUUAACAGCAUUGCUUCUUCGGACAACAAAUGCUGGUACCCGGCGACCGGUGCUUUGGAGCUAAAGCAGGCGCAGGAACUCUUCCGCGAAGAGGGGAAAGAGAAGAUUUUCCCGGCGCUCUACGAGUACUGGAACUUCCACCAGAGCUGGGAUCCCGCGGUGUUGGACCACACUGCGAGUACUAAAUACGACCCCGAGCAAAUCGAGCGGCAGUUUGUGCACCGGUCCCCCUGGCACACGGAGCAGAUUCGGGACGAGUCGAGGACAUUGCCGUCGUAUCCUGUGCAAAAGUAUCGUACUCGUAUUUUUGCAAUCAUGCAUUACAAAUCUUGUUCUUAAGGUUAAGGCAAAUCCGCAUUACAAAUUUUAUUUCUCAUGCGGAGGAAAUUUGUAAUGCAUUUAUACGAGUACGAUUAUACUUUUGCAAUUCAUACGUCGCUGCACCGGCCCAAAGCGGACGACAGGAUCUGGGCGGAUGAUUCGUACGUGCAGUACAAGAAGGACUUGACCUCUAUCAAAUGCAAAAAUGUCUGGGUCUGGAAGAUUCUAAACUUGUCAUGCUGUCUCUGGAUUCGAAAAAAAUUUGUAUUGCAUGACCAGUGAGAGAAAUAGAUUUUGUGCUCCGCGGAGAUGGCAUUUGUCAUGCGGAAUAGGCAUGAGGAAGCGCUCUGAAAAUCUGUGAUGCUAGGCCAUGCAUUACAGGCAUUAUGGAUCAUGCAAAAUAUGCGUGGCAAAUCUUGCAAUCUUCCGGACCUAAACAUAUUUGCAUUUGAUAACCUCUCUGCUGGAACAGGUCGGGGUGGUCGUGGACGUGCGGAGAAGAGCCGUGAUUUUCGCGGAAGCAACGAUUCUGUCCCGGUCCGCCGGCGGGUUGAGGAAGGCGAUCCAGCGGCACAAGGUGCUGCUGGGCGGGACGGCGUCCAAGGAGCUCGGAGACGAUGAGAACAACGCGGUGGAGCGGCUGCUGAAGCACGGGGACUUUAAGGUAUUGAUAAUCGGACGAGAUGACAGAAAUGUUAAAUCUGUCUAGCAGGCGGGCUGCCUCCACCUUGAUAGAUGUGUAGGCUCUUUUUACGUAUGCUUUAUUUGUAGAGGCAGCAACAUUUCAUUGAAAUGUUGCAUUAUAGGACGUGAAAGUCCGAACAUUUAUUUCUGAAAUAUAUGUUCUUGAGUACCACAUGAUCCCAAAUUGAAUCGGUCAUGUUGCAUAAUUUAUUGGUAUAAUUUUCUUUCCUCCUCCUGCUGCAGAUAAAGCCAUAGGCUCCGUUCCUGCAAAAUCCACCUCCCUUCAAAAAAACAACUUCAGGUCUCCCCGCUCUCCUCCGCUCCAGGCUCUGAGCCCACCCCGGCCCAAACGCUGCAAUACACUCCAGGGUAUGAACUGCAAAAGUAUCGUACUCGUAUAAAUGCAUUACAAAUUUCCUUAGCAUGACAAAUGAAUUUUGUAAUGCAGAUUUGCCUUGGAAACAAGAUCAAGACUUGCGUUAGCAUUUGUACGAGUGCGACACUUUUGCACAGGAUACAGGGUCCAGUGAGAUCACCGGGUUUUCCUAUGCGAAUUUCUUGAAGGAGGCUAUUCUCGUCGCGGAAAACACCCAUCUCGGGGCCGACCGCUGGAACUUGAAGCACAAUCCGCAACUGCGCAUGGUGAAGAAACACCUGGGCUUAGUGAAGAUGUCCACGGUGGACCCGACCGCUGCCGGCUUUCACGCCGCGAACGCAAGUGGCGCUGCACCGAGGCAGAAUCGCCAGAGGCGCUGGACCCGGGAUGAAGUGGCGGCGCACACCAUUGUUCCACAUGUGGGGUGGUGGAAACCGAAUUGAUAGUAUCCACACGAAAAUCGAAAGGAAAAUAUGUUCGCAUAUAACAAAUCCUAGCAGUUGAUGUCCCACGAGGACCUCAUGCUGAUGACACUAUGAUGGCGAUGUUUUUCCCCCACAAGGUUCGACAAAAAGUCGAACCCUGCAAAAUGUAGGGGACGCAUGCACGCCAAAAAACAAAAGAAUGCAACCCAGGUGCUAGUAUCUGAUGUGUAGGUCUGAUGCUGGUCGUGAUUCACAUUGGAGCCGUCAGUAUUGCACCUACCCCUACGCUCUUUAGCACCUUUAUAUAUAUUUUCUGCUUUUUUUUUCGCCGGAAGCAAAAUGCUGGGACAUCAAAAUACUCCCACCGGCGUGUGCAGAUGCAGAUGAAAUAGCCUUUCUACAAAACUACAAAAAGCGGAUAUCGCUAUUCGGAAUAAACUACAACGGAAAUAAUUGAGAUUUUUCUUCUUAUCUUGUCAUUAUCAGAACCAAAAUGUCUAGAUCAAAUUCCUCAACUUUAAUCAAAUUCCUCAUAGCGCUAGAGGAAAAAAGGUGUGUAAACGCGUUCCCACCUUCACGCAUGAACACAAACAAACAAACAAACUUCAAUCAAAAUGUCUAGAUGAAAUACCUCAACUCUAAUCACAUUAUCAAAAUGUCUAGAUGAAAUACCUCAACUCUAAUCGCAGUAUCAUGUAUUGUUUCGAACAAAAAUCUACUAUCAAUUUGCCCCUUGCAAGUUUUCUCGACCUAAUUUCUCGCCCUUCCUUGGCGUCCUCGUUUUAUGUCACGGCAGGUUCCCCGAUGCUGCAGCCUCGGAGGUUCUGCUUGUUUUUCAACAAAGCUUUUUGAUGUACGUGUAUGAUUUUGAAACUUCUCAUCUAAUCCACGCACGAUAAACUACUCAGAGAUAUUUUGAUAGAAAGAAGAAUUAUACUAAAGAUUUUUAUCGUGGACAAUGAGCUGCAUUAUAUCUGUUAACUCGGCAACCAAUGAUGUUGUUGAUACCUUUUUACAAAGCGCACAGAAAGAAUCUCGUUUGAAGACACCUAACGAUCUUUUUUUGCCUUUUGUAAAAGAAUUAUAGACAGCACCUGCAUCGAACAGCGAAAACUUCAUGUAAAUCAAAUCUAAGGAUCGCGUGUGCGUUGAUAUACGGCACAACUCGCUUAUUUUACAAUUCUACUUGGCGCACUACUUCUAUUCUUGCACGAACACAUAACGAAUACUGUAUUUGUUUGCUCGUCAGAGAUAAAGAUCGGGAAGUCGACGCAUAAUAAUUCCACUGUUGUCUAAAUGCGAUGCGAAGUACUAGACUCCUCCAGAAAUAUAACGAGAAGCAGCAUUUCUAAACUUCGAUUUUGCUGUUAGGAAAACAAAGUUGCGCCGCACUUUCAUGUCUGGAAAUAGGUUUUUUCCAACGUGGGAAACAUGUGUGUGCAACAGGCAACUACACAUUCGAUAAGUACUUCGAUAUAAUAUAUGCAUCAGCAGUGCGAAAAGGUAUCUAUCCGCGUGGAUUUGUCCCUUUCGCACGUCGAGACAUUAAAGUUAGCUCGAAGUGAAGAUCUUGUGAAGAACGUCCUGUCAACCGUUUCAAGGGCAAUAUCUGAUGACUGAAGAAU